AUGGUUGAAAUAAGAUUGAAAACAAAAAAUUCAAGCUGUAAAUUUAAUCUUGAUUUUAAUGAAGUUAAAAUACCUGAUGAUAUACGUAUAUUAAAAGAUUUAGAAAAGGAAAUUGAAAAUUCUAUUUAUCAUCUAAAAAGAUCAAAUGAAGAAAUAAAAGAAUUUGAUCCUCUUGGUAAAGAUAAUGAUCUUUUUUUAGCAUUAAAUGAAAAUAAAUUUGCUUUAAGUAGAAAAGAAGAAAGAUUAAAAAUAAUUAAAAAGAAAAUACAAAAUUUAGAAAGUUUAAAUACUUUAAAUGAAGUAAGUGUAUGUAAUGAUUCAUUAACUAAUAAAAAUAAAAAAUUAGAAAUUGGAAGUUUAAUUGAAAAUGAGUAUUUAGACGAUAAAGAUAAUGGUUCUUCAACAAAAAGUGACUUGAAUGAUAAUUUAAAAGAUGAUAAUACAAAUCAAGAUGAUCUAAAUAAUAAAGUUUUUAAUAGCACAGUUACAAUUGAAAGUGAAGCCAAUUAUCAAAAAAAUACAAAUACGGUAGAAGAAAAUGGUAUUUAUUUAUAG